GAGUAUGUUUUGAAAAGAAGUCAAAUUUCGAACUCGGAGCUGGAUAAAAGUUCAGUCACCAAAUCGUUGAAGCCCAAGAAUUUCGGUGAGAUUCCAAAAUCCCAUUGUUCUAAAUUGAGAAAGAAGAGAGUUAGAAAGGGAAUUUAAGGCUAGCAUUUAUGAUUUCCACAUGCAACCCAUAAAUGCCCACCCGCACGAAUUUAUAACGCCCAAUUUCUGGAAUUCCCCGGCCCCCUUUCUUCCUCCCCAAAACCCUAAUCAAAACCAACUAGGCAAUUACAUUACAGCAGCAGCAGCAGCAGAUGAAUUAAGCAAAUGGCGAUGAGAAGUUGGAGAGACUUAGGCGUGGUGGAGACCAUCUACGAGGAGGAUCACGAGGCCUCUUCCGCCGCCUCCACUGUUCUUCUUUCACUCUCCCCGUCUUUCACCUCCCCUCCCCCCACCCCUCUUCACUCCCUCGUAGAUUCCUGGUCUCUGGCCACCGGACGCAAUGCCGAUGUCCGGAUUCACGUUCGAGGCUCGACUUUCCAUCUCCACAAGGAUCCUCUGACGCGGCGGAGCCGUUAUCUGAAACGGCGCUUGACGGAGGAGUCCGAAAUCACCCUCUCUCCGCCGUUGAAGAUAACGGACGAGACGUUCGCGCUCGUGGCCACUUUCUGUUACGGCUCCGAAAUCGUUAUGACGCCGUUCAACGUCGCAGCCCUGAGGACGGCGGCGGAGCUGCUGGAGAUGACGGGGAGUGACGACGGCGGGGGCGGCGACUUGGGGAGGAUAACGGAGGCGUACUUCAGGCGGGCAGUGGUGGUGAACGGAGAGUGCACGUCGAUAAUUCUGCGGUCGUGUCUGGAGCUGCUGCCGGAGGCGGAGGCUGCGGCGGGCCUCGUCGGGAAAUGCAUCGAUGCGUUAAGCGAGAUGGACGGCGGGGACGGCGUCGUUAGUGGUCUCGACGACGUUAAAAAGAUGUGCGCCGAGGAUUUCCAAAUAAUCGUGGAUUCGAUGAGCGCUAGAUUUGCGGAGGGUCACGACUUGCUUUAUGGACUUAUUGACAUUUAUCUCAAGGAGCAAUAUGUGAAGCUCUCGGAGGAACAGAGAACCCAAAUCUGCAACACCGUCGACUGCAACAAGCUUUCUCCCCACUUCCUCCUCCACGCUGUUCAAAACCCCAGAAUGCCUCUCCGCUUCGUUGUCCGGGCCAUGCUCGUCGAGCAGCUCAACACCCGCCGCUCCUUCCUCUCUGCCGCCGCCGGGAUUCGCCCCGCAGCCCGCGGCGGAAUGCUCCAGACCAAGGACACCCCCGCCGCCGUCGCAACCCUCGGUUCCAUCCUCGAGCACGACGCCACCCUCCGCCAGGUAGAGCAGCUCAAGACGGCGAUGAACACCACGUGCUCCCGCAUCCAGAGCCUGGAGAAAGACUUGCACGCCAUGAGGAAGCUUUUGCAGGCGUCCGAAUUAACGGCCCGGAUUAACGCGCUGCCGGAUUCGGGUCGGUCCGCGAGCUUCCGCCACUCGGCGUCGAAUAAAAUAGCGAGAGGAGAGAGAGGGUCGGCGUCGUCGGCGAGCCUCCGGUUCCGAGGAGAGCGAGUGGGAGGCCACGGCCGUUCCUGUUCUAAGAUGACGUCGUCCGGCGAGGGUAGUAAUGGAAUUAGCGCUGCAUCGGCGGCGACUCAGAGGAGUAACAUGGCGAAGAGAUUAUUGAACGGGUUGAAGAGCGCGUUUCGGUUUUCGAAGCGCCAUGGGAAGGAGGGUGGGGAGGAUAGGGUGGAAUCGGGGAGGAUGCAGGAUGGAGAGAGAGAUGGUGGCGACGACGAUGAAGAUUGUGAAAUCGAAGACAUUGUGUAUCUUCGUUGAAGAGGAUUGGUCUCUAUCAAGUAUCUAUCUCUUCAUAGAUGUUAGGAUGGCUGAUCAGUUAAUUGCUUAAUUUAUUUUACUGUAAAUUGAUUUCACAUAUUCAGUUAUUUUUUAAUUUCUACUAAAAUUAACUCCGUGACGAAUUUAAUUAA